CCUGGGUGUGUGUGUGUAUGUGUGACUUAUUCAAGGGCUCUCUUUAAGGGUUUCCUCAGCCAUCCUUUCUGCCCUCUAAAAAGCGAAUAUUCCACUGCCAUGGAGACACGCCAUGCAGUUGUUGCGGGUCCCGAAGCCGCGGGGAGUAAGUGGCCGAGCAGGACCUGUUCGGUGCUCUGUUGCCUUGCGGUGGUUGCCUUGCUGGCCCUCCUGAUAGCCAUCGUUUGCCCGGCGCUGCGAGGUGAGGCUGGGCGGGAGAGAGUGGUUCACCUUCCCGAAAGAGGGCAAGAUCCAGGACAUGAAGAAGAGAAAAUGGAUAGUAUGGAAACCAGCAUUUUAGGAUUUUGGAGUCUUCUUGUUCUAGCCAUGAUGACUGGGCUGUCGUGUUGCAGUUUUUCCUGGACAGUUAUCUAUUUUGAUUCAUUCGAACCAGGAAUGUUUCCUCCUACUCCACUCUCACCUGCACGGUUUAAGCGACUGACAGGACAUUCUUUUCACAUGGGCUAUAGUAUGGCUAUAUUGAAUGGAAUUGUGGCAGCUUUCACUAUAGCCUGGUAUCUUUUAUAAUCUACUUUUAAAUCUGUGUCUCAGAAUAUAGCCCUAAAAAUCAACCAGGCAGCCAUUGUACACAAGAUGGUAUUUGCCACACUUCCUUUAUUUGUUUUGCUUAAUAUUGCUAAGGAAAAAUACUAAAACACAUGAACUGAUGGAAUUUGACAAGGAAAGUCAACCCAAGCAUUAAGGAACCAUUUUCAGAUUCCAUUUGACAACUUCAUCUAAGAUUGAACAGUGAUGUUUAAUUCUGAAGAUCUUCCUUCAGUAUUUUUUUGUAUACCAUUAAAUAAAUUUAAAAUAAGUUUUUAUCUUGUUAUGCCUCAUAUAUAGCAACAACUAAUUGGAUUUGUUCUUUAUACUAAGUAAUUCAAAAUGUUUUAUUUACUGGAAUUAGUUUUUUUAUAUAGUGCUGAUUAAUGGGGGUCAUGUAUCGAACUUAAAUUGCUUUGAAAGGUAUUUUUUUCAUUGAUACAAUAAUUUGAAGUGAUAUUUUUCCCAUGUGUGUAUUCAGUAUGCAGUAUUAAACCUUCUGCCUUCCCAGCCUUUAUGCCUCAAAUAAUUUGUAUUAGAGCAGCCUCAUUUCUAGACUUCCAUGGUCUAGAAAUUACUGGAAAUAAUGAAAAUCAUUGUCUAAAUAGCUUGGUGUUCUUGGAUAAAUAUUGAUAAAUUGGCAUUUUGUAGUAUUUGCAAAUAAUUAAACAUUAAUGUAUUUACAAUUGAU